AUGCCUGAUAUACUUCAAUUGAUAGUAAAUCAAUCAUCACCGGAUAAUAAUAUAAGAAGAAGUGCAGAAUUAGAAUUUAAUCAAUUAGUUAAAUCAAAUCCAAAUGAAUCAUUUUAUUUAAUAUUAGAAGCAUCAAUUAAUAAAUCACUUCCAAUUAACUUACGUCAAUCAUGUUUAUUAAAUUUGAAGAGAUUGGUACCUCAGUAUUGGUCAAUGGGGUUUAAUUCAUUUAUAGGACCUCCCGUAUCUCAAGAUUUGAAAAAUCUAAUAAGAUCGAAGCUUUUAGAAUUAACAUUUACAACUGAUAAUUCAAAACUAAGAAAUGGAGCUGCUUAUGCCAUUGUUCAAAUUGCUUCAGUUGACUAUCCUGAUGAAUGGCCAGAAUUAAUGAAUUCUUUAUAUCAAGCAACAACUGAUUUUAACAAUAAUAAUGCGAUGUUGGGAGGAUUGCAAGUUUUAACUGAUUUAUUCGAUGAUUUAAUUAAUGAGGAUCAAUUUUGGGAUGGUGGAGUUGGAAAUGAAGUAACUGGUCAUUUACAUUUAAUCUUUAAAAAUAAUUCAAUUGAUAUACCAGUUAAAAAUCAAGCAUUGAAAUUAUAUGAAAGUGUACUAGAAAUACUUCGAAGUCCAGAAGCUUUUGAGAAUAAUAAAAGAAAACAAUUUACGAUUAAUCAAAUCAAUAUCUCUUUGGAGAUUUUUUCAAGUCUAUUGAAAAUGGAAGGGAAUAAUUUAAUUGAAUUACAAUUUAAAAGCAAUUUAUUCAAAGUCAUAUCAUCAAUAAUUGGCCAGUUUCAUCAACGUAUAUCUAAAGAUGUUAAAUUCAGUGUAUUAUCAAUAACAUUAGAAGUUUUGCAUUUAUUCACACCAAUUUACAACAAUAUUGCAUUAGAUACAUAUCAAGCUCCAUUAUAUUCUGAAUUAGAAGCAUUAUCAGUAGUUGGACAAUUGAUAUACUAUAUUUUCCAUACGAUUGCUAGCAUACAAGCUGACAUACGAAUUUCAGAAGUUACAACCAUUCAACAAUUCUUAACUGAUGCGGUAAUAUGUACAUCAUUGGCAAAAGAAAAAGUUGAAGAAUAUGAGAAUGAUAUAAAUCUGUAUAUAAGUGAAAUAACUGGAUUGUCAGUAGAUUUGAAUCCAAGAGACGCUAUUCUUGAUUUAUGGGGUGAAUUAAAUGAGGCAGAUAUAAAAUUAGUAAGUGAAGCUUUGAUUAGUCUGUUUGAUAAUAAUGAUAAAAGAACAUUGGAAGCUCAACUUUUCACAUUACAAGGAGUAUUGUCAAACGAUAGUCAACUACCAGAAAUUCCAUUAAGUAAACUACUUUCAUUUAUAUCAUAUGAGUAUAAUCUAGUCACAGCAAACUGUUUUCUAUUAUUACCUAAAUAUUUUGAAAAUUUCAUGGAAAAAGAAGCAAUGAAAGUAUUCUAUGAUAUGAUCUCAUUUGCUGAAAAAGGUGAAGAUUCAAUUAUAAAAGUUGCAACUUUAGUAAGUUGUACAUACUACCAACAUGUUUUUGAUUUUGCCGACCUAAAUGAUUCAGCUCAAGUUUCUCUAUUCAAAAUUGCAGAAUCAUUAAUUGAAGAAUGUGAAGAUGAUGGAUUACCUGCAUUAUUGGAAGCUAUUACACAAGCAAUUUCUAUAAAUCCAACAAAUGCUGCUUCGAUUACUUUGCCACCAAAUCAAAGUGUCAUUGAUUUGAUUUUCAUAAUUGCAUUCAAAGAUCCUGCAAAUGUCCAACUAAUAUCUGAAUCAUCGGAUUGUUUAACAUCAUUAUUAAAAAAUGUCAGUCUUACGGAGUACAUGAAUGCAUGUAACAAAUCACUACCUUUUAUAUUUGAAAGAAUGGAGGAAAGCAAUGGUGAAUAUACUCCACAAUUAUAUUUAAGUUUGGAAUUACUCAGUAUAAUUAUUCAGUCUACUCCUGGAGAUGAUUUACCUCCACAAGUAUUUGAAUAUGCAUUCCCUAUAUUGAAAAGGAUAUUAAUAGAAUCAACAGAUAAUCAAAUUUUACAAAGUGGUGGCGAAGUAUUUAAUGAAUUAAUUCAAAAAGGGUCAAAUUUAUUCUUGGAAUAUCGUGAUCCAACAACGAAAGAAUCAGGAAUUGAAUCAUUAAUGCAAAUAGUUAAUAAGUUUUUAUCACCAAAAUUAACUGAUAGUGCUGCAAAUAAAUGUGGUAUCAUUGUAUUAUCAUUAAUAAGUAAAUUUCAGAAUUAUUUAUCAUCAAAUAUUUUAACACAAAUAUUAGAAGCAACUGUCAACAGAUUAGUUAUAUCAAAAGAAUCAAUAACUAUUGAAAAUCUAAUAAUGGUGUUUUGUCAAUUAGUUUUGAAAUCACCAGAAGAUACAAUUAAUUUCUUAAGCAAUAUCACGAUCAACAAUAAAUCAGGAUUACAAACAGUAUUACCAAUAUGGUUUGAAUCAUAUGAAGUCACUCGAGGAUUUGAACAAAUAAAACAAAAUUCAUUAGCAUUAGGCAAGAUUUUUUCAUUGGGUGAUUCAAGGAUCGAAGAUUUAAUAGUGAAUGGAGAGAUCAUACCAUACGAAGGCGAUAAAAUUAUAACUAGAUCAAUGGCCAAAACAAUGCCAGACAGAUUUACUCAAAUAUCAGCAUCCCUCAAAAUAUUAAAAUUGUUAGUAGCGGAACUACAAUUCCAAUGUCAGCAACCAAACGCCGCAGAUUACUUACCUGAAGAAGAAGAGGAUGACGAUGAAGUGAAACCAAAAGCUUUGGAAGAUGAUGAAGGUUGGGAAGAUAUGGAAGAUAUUGGUAUACCAAAUUUUGAAAAAUUGAAAUCUUAUGUUGAUGAAUCGGUAAAGGAACACGGUGGUGAUAAUAGUUUAAAAGAUUUAUUGAUUGAAUUUUUUAAAGAAUGUACUGCUAAAAAUUUGGGAAAUUUUGGAUUUUAUUAUGAAGAAUUGAAUGAAAAUGAGAAGAAAUUAAUUAGUGAAUGUUUAAUAUUUUAG